AUUUUAUGACCGUUUCAUAGAGGAGCUAUUAUUUGAUUUUACUAAGUCUUGUUCAAGUGAAUCGACUCGGUGAUAAUAUUAAUUCGAUCUAUAAAAGAGAAUAAAUACAUGAAAUUAUGCCAACUGUAUGUUUGGAAAAAAGUACGCCAAAAAACAAUAUAGCACGUAAAGAAUAUAAUAAAUUAAUUGGUGAACUAAACAAUGAAAUUGAUCGACUUUCAACACAGAAUAAAAGUUUAAUUGAAAAAUUAGCAAUUACAGAAGAUCAAAUUACUGUCGGUAGAAGAAAUGAAAGAGAUUUAGAAAACCAUAAUAAAGCUUUAGUUGAAGAAUUAUGUCAAUUGAGUAAAGUAAAUUUAACAUUGAAGGAUGAACGUCGACAUGAAAUUGAUUUAAUUGAAGAAGAAACUAAACGUCUUCGUAUUCAACUUGAUGAUGCUGUUCGAUUGAAAAUGGAAGCAGAAAAAGAAAUUCAAAAAUUAAAUAUGGAAAGAGAAAAUCUAGAACGUAACUUAUCCGAUGCACAGAAAAAAUGUCAUACAAUGGAUACAAGUGAACGUGAUAUGAGAAAUCUUAUUUUACGCGCUGAAGAAGAUAAAAAACGUUUAGCUCAAAGAAUAGAAAAAUUAACUGCAAACGAACGAGCUCUAGUUCUGGAAUUAGAAAGACUUAAACGACAUGGUGGUACAAGUGAUGGUCGAACUAAACGUAUCAGUCAAUUAGAUGAAUUUAUAUCUGGAAUUGAAGCAGAUCGUGAUUAUUGGCGUGGACAAGUGGAAAUAUUGCAACAAAUGUUAAAUUAUCCUUCAUUAACAAGUGGAACUGAAGGUAGUGGGAUUGGACGUACAACAACAAGUAGUCGAUUGAAAAGUAAACCACCUACUGGACAACAUACAACAACACCAAGUAAAUUAGGUGGUUCUUUAAAAGAUGCAAAACAAAGAAAACUUGAACAACAAGUCCAAGAACUACGUGUUGAAAGAGAUUUACUACGUCAAGAGUUAGAUAGUAUAACACGAUCUCGUCAUAGAAGUCCAUCACCAGUGACUAGAUCAAGAUCAUUAAAUCGAUUUCAGACUCGAGACGAUUACACGGAGUUGACUAAACUUCGACAAGAACGCGAUGAAUUACGAAGUUUACUCAAUAAACUAGAACACAGAGUUCAAGAAAUUCAGCGUAAUGUUCAUACACUUACACAAGAAAGAGAUCAAAUUAACAAAUUAUACAACGAUUCACGAAGUGAAAUACACCGAUUACAUCAAGAUCUUUAUGCAAUGCAUGAAACUGGUGAUCGAAAUACACAAACUACACAAACUGUUUUACGACGUGUUGAAUCAGAACGAGAUCGUGCAUUAGUUGAUUUAUCCAGAGUAACUGCUGAACGUGAUAGUUUAAUUACAAAAUAUAAAAAUUGUACAGAAAAUGCUCAUGCAGAUAAAUUACGUUUAACUAAUCAAUUGGAUCAUUUAGAAAAUAGUUUAAAUCAAGUUGCAGAAGAACGUGAUGAAGUAAUCAGACGUGUAUCUAUGCAUCGACUACGUAUAGAUGAAUUACAACAACGUCAACAACAGUUAGAGGAUAGUUUAGCUGAACGACAAGAAUUACUUAAGAAAGUAAAUGAAGAAUCAGCUCAACUCAAACAAGAGGCAGAAUUACAAAAUAAUCGUUUAGAAGAACGUGAAUUACAAAUAUCUCAAAUGAAUGAAAGGACACGUGUUAUGGAGAUGGAUUGUAGACGGUUACAUGAAAGAGUUGAUGAGUAUGAUAUGAAAUUACGUAAAGAAAGAGAUGAAUGUUCUCUCUUACGUAACCAACUACAAAAUAUGGAAGAAGAAAAAGUUAAAUUACAAUGCGACUUUGAUAAUUUAACAUGUGAACGUGAUGAUUUGGUGAAACAUCAACGUCAAAUUGAAAAAAGAGCACAAAUAAAUUUAUCAGAACGUGAUCGUUUGUCUAGACAAGUGAAUGAUUUGAAUGAUUUAAAAGAAAGUCUUGAAAAACAACUUAGACAAUUAGAGAAAGAUUAUUCUGAUCAGACAACUAAAUAUCAACUUGAACGUGAGGCGAAUGAAAAAUUACAACAACGUAUAGAUACAGCUAUUCAUAAUAAAAAUUCAAUUGAUCGAAGAGCUAAUUGGUUGGAACAACAAACAGAGGAAUUAAGAUCACAUAUAGAUCAAUUGGAACAACAAUUAUCUACUCAAAAAGAUGAAAAUAAAUGGAUGUCAGAAACUAAUGAAAAAUUGACAGCUGAUAAUGAAUCACUAAGAGCUACAGUUGAAUUGGCUAAUAAAGAUAAAGUUCAUUUAGAAUCAUGUAUUGAAGAAAUGAGUUCAGCGCAUAGACAAUCAUUAAGAGAACGUGAAGAUUUGGUUCAACGUUCCAAUGGUCUUCAUGAACGAAAUAUUGAACUUGAUGCAGAAAAUAAAAAAUUAGAUUUGGAAGUGAAACGUAAUGCAGAAGCGUUACGAGCAGAAAGAAAUACAAUUGCUGAUCUUCAGCAGCAGUUAGAAUUAUGCAGACGAAGAUCAGAAACAGCUGAAAGAGACGCAAAUGAUUGGAGUUCACGUGUACGUUUGGCAGAAGAUCAAUUGCAUAAAUCUGAAACACGUGUUGUACAAUUAGAAAGAGAAUUACGCGUAGAAAGAGAUGAUUACAGUCAAUUGAGAUCAAGAAUGGAAAUGUUAGAGGAAGAAAAACAAAAUUUGGAGAUUAAUUUAAAGGAAACAUCUCAAAGAUUAUCACAUACGGAAGUUGAUUUAUCAAGUAGACUACGUGAAAUUCAUGAUAUACGAUCAGCACAUGAAGAAGCUGUACGUACAAAUACACGUACACAAGAAGCUUUAUCUACACGUAAUAAUGAAUUAACAGCAGCUAGAACUGAAUUAAAUUCAAUACAAACAAGUUUAUCUGAAACACGUCGACUAUUAGAAUCAGAACAACGUGAAACAUCAAGAUUAAGAGAAGAUUUAAAUCAUAUGGCAAGGGAAUCACAAACAUUACAAACAGACCUACAGGAUGUAGGUGAUGAAAGAGAUGAAUUAAAACAACGAAUGAAAGAUUAUUUAAAUGAACUAUCACGUUUAGAACGUGUAUUAUCAGAAAGAGAUAGUGAAUGUAGUAAAUUAAUGGAUCAAUUAAGAACAGCAAAUGAAGAAUCUGAAAGUUGGAGAACAAGAUGGGAAACAGCUGAAAAUAAAUUAACUAGUUGUAAAGUUGAUUUAGAAGAUAAAGAAGGUGAAUUAUCUAAUGAACGUGAAAGAUCAGAUUUAAAAGAUAGAGAGAUAUCACAUUUACGAGCUACACUUAAUUCAACUGAAAUUCAAAGUAAUGCAACAUCACGAUCAUUAGUUGAAGCUAAUGAACAACUUAGAAUGUCUCGAGCAGAAAUUGAAACACUCUCUACAGAAAUAUCACGAAUACGUGAUGCAUUAUCUCGAAGUGAAACAGAAAAAGCCAAUGUACAACGUGAAAAUAAUACACAACGUUUAGAUAAUGAUCAAUUACGUGCACAGUUAGAUGAUUUUGAAGUAGAAUUAGAACAAAUUAAAGAACAAUUAGAAGAUGAACGUGAAAAUAAUAGAAAUAUUAAUGAAAUACUUACAAUUACAAGACAAAAAGAACAAAAAGCGUUAUCUGAAGCUCAGGAAAGAACUACUGAAGUGAUUGCUUUACGCGACAGAAUUGCUAGUGCAGAAGAGCGAGCUGAAAUGGCUCAACGUGAAGUAGAAAAAGUAAGAGAACGAUUAGCUGAAACAGAACGAGAAGCAAACCGGUUAUCAAGAAGUUUAUCAGCUGAAAGAUUUGAGAAAGAACGUGCUUUAUCCGAACUAAGAUUAAGCAGUUUACCAGCAGGUUAUAGACCUUCAGGCUAUUCAAGUUUAGGAGCAACAUAUUACCCGGGUACUUCAGUCAGUCGAGAUCGUACGGCUUAUCAAGAAAGAGAUGAUUAUUGAUUAUAGUUCUGUUAAAAUUUCCUAUAAGCUGCUUUUCAGAUAGUUAUAUGAAAUAUUAUUCCGUUGACCGUUUGUUAUUUCUUCGACAGUUUUACACUUUGAUUACUAUUUCACCAAAUUUUAUGAAAUUUAUACAUGUGAUUAUAUCAGACACAAAACGGAUAGGAUGAUUCUUAUGUAAACUUUUAUACGAAAUAAAUGAAAAAAAGCAUCUAACAAGUUUAGAUUUAU